UCCAACAGCAUACAUAACAUUCUUGGAGAUUUAUUCCGACUCAUACUUUGAUCCGAUGGUAAAUUGAAGAGAUCUCGAGAUCAAUCAGCGUCAUACAUAGCUCAGCUCUAGAGCGCCACAAGGCGCCACAUGAAUUCGCUCCUCUUUUUCCGAUCCUCUUACUCUUUUACAUCCUUUCCUGAUUUCUUUUCUUGGUCUGAGCGUUCAUGUUCUAGACCUUGCCUUUCUUUUUCGUCACUAGAUAAGAACUUGAGGAACUCUCCCCAAAGUUCUCAUCGGAAAAUCCAGGAACACCCUCGAAGUCGAACUCUUUGUUGAUAGAAUCACGGUUGACGAAUCGAUGUCCCAUCACCGUACAGAGUUGUAAACGAUAUAAAACACACAACCGUAUUUGCUCUAGUAUCGACUCGACAAUCAGAGGUUUUACGAUGAUUCGAUUCGAUAAUGUUCCUCCUGAAGUGAUGCAGGCAAUGUGCACUCCGAUGCAUCAAGUGCUUGCACCUUCAGCCUCUUCGACCUCCCCCUCUCACGCCACUGGAUCACUCUACGUAGGCUCCUUGUCCGCUAUCACCGACUACGAUCUCCUUCGUACCUAUCGGGUCUCUCAUUUCAUCCAAGUUCUUGACGCUCCGUGGCUUCCCCCACUUCCCGAAACUGAUGGGUACGGCGGCAAAGUGACCAGCUUUAAAAUUGAAAUACUAGACACAACUAGUGCAGAUCUCAAACCACACCUGGAAGAUGCAUGUAAUAGCAUAGACCGUGCAUUACGGAGCGGACGAAAUGUGCUCGUUCACUGCCAGCAGGGAAUCUCUCGCUCUGCUGCUGUGGUGAUCGCAUAUCUCAUACGCAAUCACGGUAUGUCUUAUGACGCUGCAUUUGCUUUUGUGAAGCGCCAGCGGGCAUGCAUUAAGCCAAACACUGGUUUUGUCAACGCGUUGAAGGAGUGGGAGUCAUCGUGGCACAGGCCGGUAAUGGGAAAUAGACGAUUUACCACCUGAAAUGCAAGUCAGCAUGCAAAAAGCCAAUAAUGGCAACUUCGGUCCUCUUUCCGUAUCUUACGCUCUCCUUUUUUUCAUAUCAAAAAAUCCACGUUCGCUGUUUUCUCCGAGUCGAAAUCAGAAA